CAGGCAGCGGCGGCGGUAGCGGCGGUGGCGGCGGCGGCGGCGGCGGUAGCGGCGAGAGGCCAGAGCGGGCCCAGCGCAACCGAGCGGAGCCGGAGCGAGACCCCGGGGGCCGGGCCGGGCCAGGCCAGGCCGAGAUGCCCUAUAAACUGAAGAAGGAGAAGGAGCCUCCCAAAUCGGCUAAAGGGACUGCCAAGCCUAACAGCGGGGGGAAAGAUGGUGGCGGGGAAGGCACCGAGGAGGCCCAGCCUCAGCCUCCACCCCAGCCACAGCCACAGUCACAGCCACAGUCACAGCCUCAGGCACCUUCAUCCAACAAGCGCCCAAGCAAUAGCACGCCACCCCCUACACAACUCAGCAAAAUCAAGUAUUCAGGGGGGCCCCAGAUUGUCAAGAAGGAGCGGCGGCAGAGCUCUUCCCGACUAAACCUCAGCAAGAACCGUGAACUACAGAAGCUCCCUGCCUUGAAAGAUUCCCCGUCUCCGGAGCGAGAGGAGCUCUUCAUCCAGAAACUACGUCAGUGCUGUGUGCUCUUUGAUUUUGUGGCUGACCCCCUGAGUGAUCUCAAGUUUAAAGAAGUGAAGCGGGCAGGACUCAAUGAAAUGGUAGAAUACAUCACACAUAGCAGAGAUGUGGUCACAGAAGCUAUUUACCCAGAGGCUGUUAUCAUGUUUUCAGUGAACUUGUUUCGGACGCUGCCACCAUCAUCCAACCCCACAGGGGCUGAAUUUGAUCCUGAAGAGGAUGAGCCCACCCUGGAGGCUGCCUGGCCUCAUCUCCAGCUGGUCUAUGAGUUUUUCUUACGUUUCCUGGAGUCUCCUGAUUUUCAGCCAAAUGUGGCCAAGAAGUACAUCGACCAGAAGUUUGUCCUUGCUCUCCUGGACCUGUUUGACAGUGAGGACCCCCGGGAGAGGGACUUUCUAAAGACCAUCCUGCAUCGUAUCUAUGGCAAGUUCUUGGGACUUCGGGCUUACAUCCGCAGGCAGAUCAAUCACAUUUUCUACAGGUUUAUUUAUGAGACAGAGCAUCACAAUGGAAUCGCUGAGCUGCUUGAAAUUCUGGGAAGCAUCAUUAAUGGCUUUGCCCUGCCCCUCAAAGAGGAGCACAAGAUGUUCCUUAUCCGAGUCCUGCUUCCCCUACACAAGGUCAAGUCUCUGAGUGUCUACCACCCUCAGUUGGCCUACUGUGUGGUGCAGUUUUUGGAGAAGGAGAGCAGCUUGACUGAACCGGUGAUUGUGGGGCUCCUAAAGUUCUGGCCCAAGACUCACAGCCCCAAGGAAGUGAUGUUUCUGAAUGAACUGGAGGAGAUCCUGGAUGUCAUCGAGCCCUCUGAGUUUAGCAAAGUGAUGGAACCCCUCUUCCGCCAGCUUGCCAAAUGUGUUUCCAGCCCCCAUUUCCAGGUUGCAGAGCGUGCCCUCUAUUAUUGGAACAACGAGUACAUCAUGAGCCUGAUAAGUGAUAACGCUGCACGCCUCCUGCCCAUCAUGUUCCCAGCGCUGUACAGGAACUCUAAGAGCCACUGGAACAAGACUAUCCAUGGGUUGAUCUAUAAUGCCUUGAAGCUGUUCAUGGAAAUGAAUCAGAAGCUGUUUGAUGACUGCACGCAGCAGUACAAGGCUGAGAAGCAAAAGGGCCGAUUCCGGCUCAAGGAACGAGAAGAGAUGUGGCACAAGAUUGAGGAACUCGCCCGGCUCAACCCCCAGUACCCCAUGUUCCGAGCACCUCCCCCACUCCCCCCUGUGUAUUCAAUGGAGACAGAGACCCCCACAACUGAGGACAUCCAGCUCCUGAAGAGGACAGUGGAGACAGAAGCGGUGCAGAUGCUGAAGGAUAUCAAAAAGGAAAAGGUGCUGCUUCGGAGGAAGUCAGAAUUACCCCAGGAUGUGUAUACCAUCAAAGCGCUGGAGGCUCACAAGAGGGCUGAGGAGUUUUUGACGGCCAGCCAGGAGGCACUCUGACUUACCUCCUCUCCCUCAUCCAGGGCCACUGCCCAUUCGCCCCUGGGACACUGCUCUGGCCCUUCAGCCCCUGCCCCCCAGCCAACCUGGGGGCAGGAUGGGGUGAACACCUCCAGCUCCCUAAAAACCAGAAUACUUGGGUCAAAGACUCUCACUGUGUGGCCUGGCCUCCCUGUGACUAGUGUAGACAUGCCCUGGAGAUGCUCGUUGCUCAUAGCUGGGAUGCCCCCUGCGCUGACUUUGUAACUGACCUUCUCCCAUUCUCCACCCUCCUAGGGUGUUUGGGGCCAACUCUGAAAAUCUCCUUAAACACUCCUCACUCCCACCCUUUUCCAUCUUCACUUGAGGUGUAGAUCUCUAUUCUAUAUCCCUUUCUCUAAGGGACCUGUAGAGAUCAGCAAAAACUGCACUCGUCAAAGUUGCUCCCAGCCCCAUUGAGGGCCAGGAUAGACAGUCUCCUGGUUCUGAGGGUUAGAGGCUGAUGAGGCAGAGCAGGUGAAGAAAGGCCCCCUACGCAUCAAACUUACAGGGACCCAGACCUGCCCUACACCAUUUCCCAAGGGGGAAGGAGGUGUGUGUGUUGGAAUCAGUGAGGCCCUCUAACGCACAUUCCUGGUCACCUCUUGCCUAACCCAGAUUGGAUUAGGGGUGGAAAGAGAACCUUCAGAGACCAGGUAAUAACUCCACAUGGGGUAUGAGGCCUCAUAGGGACCAAAGGGUGGGAGGGGAGGAGAAUAUAGGGAGACACUACCAUCUAUCAGCCCUCCUUCUUUCUCUAAGCAGCAGUCCAGGGAUCACGAACACUAAAAGGGACCACCCUAGGCCUGCUUGAAUCCUUAUCCUGCAAGGCCCCAGAACUGGGGUGAGAGAAAGGGGUAGCACCUUAAGGUUCUUCCCCAGCUUAAGCUGUCCCAACAUCUAUUUAUUUCUUUGUACCCAAGGCCAGACCCUUACCUGCCUCUCAUAGGCACCGCUGGGGGAUUGGGGGGUCCUGGGGCACAGAUGGCGCCGCUCUUGGCUGUGUACAUAGGGUGCUUUAUUCUCUGCAAAGUGUUACAUGCUAAGGUGGGUUGGGCUUGGGCAGAUGUCCCCAUAUGUACAGAACUGAAUAAAGUGGAUCUCUGGAGAGAA